AUGCCAAAUCUACGAAUAUUCGACUCAUUGAUAUUUAGCCUCUUUUUACUUGAUGUUCAAGGAAGAGUCGUGCCAAGAGAGUCUGAGCCAGAACUCCAUUCGGAUCACAUUUUCAAGCCAGAAGAGAUCAUCGAUUUGCCGGUUGGCCGAUUUCCCGAUCCCGAUUGUCGGUACACUGUUCACUUAAAUAAGAAAAAUGGACCAAUAGCACAAGGAGAAGUGCGUAUCGGUGAUCCCCUUUAUCAUGAAUGGACAUGCUCGUAUGGACAAUUGGCAUCAUCAAUGUAUUGUAUGAUCGUCAACAAUUGCACAGUGGCUGAGAAUCGAAAAGCUGCAUAUAGGGUUCCAAUAUUGGAUGAAUUUGGUUGUUCGCUUUUCCCAUCAAUCCUCCCACAUGUUCAUUAUGGAGACGAUCUUGAGGCGUAUUUGCCCGUUCAUGCUUUCAGUUUGGAUAUUGAUAAGGCGGCCGUCUUCUUCGAGUGUAACAUCAAAUUGUUGCUGAAAUUGAACGGCAUUUGCCGACGACCAACAUGUGUGCCGAUUGAGCAAUUUCAGAAUGAAAAUCGU